GCGUAGGUACGUGGACUGCGUACGAGUUUUUCGCCUGAAUAAAACAUCAGUGCGCUAGUCCGGGCGGCAGUGGAGGGUUAGAUGCGCGAGUCCUGCGCGCGCGCCGCCCAUCGCGUAUCGAUCGCUAACACUUAAAUAGAACGCGAGCAGUGCUGUGACAGGACCUGUGUAGUGUUGUGCCGUUUACUGGGAAUAAUCAUUAAUAAAUAAAAAAUAUGAGACAUCAGCUCCGCGCGCCCUUGUUGGCGACGGCUAUAUGGGUGCUUUUUGCCCUUCUGCUUCCGACGGACACACAAAUAGUGGAUACUAUUUCAUCAUUUAUGAAUUUCUUGCAAGAAGGAUCAAAUCAAUUCGAUAACGAACCACCUGACCAGAUAAAAAUGUUGUCUGAAUACGAUUUUAUAAUCGUAGGUGCAGGCACAGCAGGAUGCGUACUAGCAAAUCGACUAACAGAAGUCCCAGAUUGGAAAGUUUUACUAAUAGAAGCGGGAUCCAACGAAAACUUUAUCAUGGACAUUCCUAUUGUAGCAAACUACCUCCAAUUUACACCAGCCAACUGGGGAUACAAAACCGUGCCUUCGGACAGGUAUUGCGCUGGAUUUGAAAACAAGCAAUGCAAGUGGCCCCGUGGAAAGGUGGUCGGCGGCUCAAGUGUAUUAAACUAUAUGAUAUAUACCCGAGGAGCCAAACUCGACUACGACGGUUGGGAAGCAAUGGGUAACGAUGGCUGGGGUUAUGAUGACGUCCUUCCAUACUUCAAAAAGGUUGAAAACUUUAAUAUUCCUUCAUAUUACGAUGAAAAGUAUCACGGUCAAAGUGGGCAUGUUAAUGUUGAAUACGCUCCUUACCGCACAAGUAAAGGAAAGGCCUGGGUUAAAGCAGCCCAGGAAUUAGGUUUUAAGUAUAAUGAUUACAACGGAGCACAACCCUCAGGAGUCUCUUUUCUACAACUAUCAAUGAAGAAUGGAACUCGUCAUAGCUCCAGCAGAGCUUACUUACAUCCAAUUAAUGGAAGAAACAACCUUCACGUCUCAAAGAACAGCAUGGUCACUAAAAUUAUUUUUGACAGCACUAAUACUAAAGCGAUAGGUGUAGAGUUUGAAAAAUUAGGAAAGAAAUAUAAAAUACUGGCGAAAAGAGAAGUAAUUGUCUCCGCCGGCGCAAUCAAUUCACCGCAGCUGUUAAUGUUGUCAGGAAUCGGACCUCGGGAACAUUUGGAAGCAAUGAGAAUCAAUGUUGUAAAGGAUUUACCAGUCGGAUAUAAUUUAAUGGACCACAUUGCAGCGGGAGGAAUACAAUUUGUAGUUCGACAACAAAAUUCGAGUUUAUCUACGGAACAUAUAUUUAACCAUUUAGACCUCGUUUUCAAGUGGAUGAAAACACAUAAAGGACCUUUAUCUGUACCGGGUGGGUGUGAAGCCUUGGUAUUUAUGGACUUAAAAGACAAGUUUAAUACCAGAGGAUGGCCAGAUAUGGAGCUUCUUUUUAUCGCUGGAGGAUUAAAUGCCGAUCCACUGUUACAGAAGAAUUUUAAUAUUGACAGGCAAAUUUAUGAUGACACCUACGGGCCUUUAGGAAAAUCUGAGGCUUUUAUGGUGUUCCCUAUGCUAAUGCGUCCAAAGUCAAAAGGCAGAGUCAUGUUACAAAGCAAGAAUCCGAAAGUUCACCCACUAAUUAUACCAAAUUAUUUUGAAUACGCUGAAGACUUGCAGAAAAUCGUCGAAGGAAUAAAAAUAGCUGUAGAAAUUGCAAGACAACCGUCUAUGAAAAAAUUGGAAGCCAAGUUAUACGACGUUCCGAUUGCGGAAUGCCUAGAUGCUGGACCUUUUGGCAGCGAUGAAUAUUUUGCUUGCCAAGCACAGAUGUUCACUUUUACCAUUUACCACCAAAGCGGCACGUGUAAAAUGGGUUUACAAAAUGAUCCAUCCGCUGUAGUUAACCAUAGACUAAUGGUGCAUGGUUUGGAAAGGUUGCGAGUGAUAGACGCCAGUAUAAUGCCUGCAAUAGUGUCCAGCCAUACAAACGCUCCAACUUUUAUGAUAGCCGAGAAAGGUGCAGAUAUGAUCAAAAAGGACUGGGGGAGACUAUGACGGCGAUACCAAUUACCAUAAUUAGUUAUUGUAUAAAGCAAAUCUGUGAUUUAUAGUAGAUAUUAUUUAUAAACAUAUUUAUAAAUGUUUAUCCUAUUAUGUAACGGGUUAAAGUUCAAAGUUUUACAGUUACUUUGUUAAUGUAAAACAAAGAUCCAUUGCUGGGAUUUAAUAAUUUACUUUUAAAUAUAUCAAUUCUUAUAUAACUAGGGAUGAUGUCAUUUUUGGUUUUUGUCGGACAUUGAAAAAAUAUUGGUUAUGCAGAAGGCAAAAAUACUUGACAAAUAUUUCUGGUUUUCAUUUAUCAGACAACUAACUGGAUUUACACUUAGCAAACAUGUUCAUCAUCCCUAUCCUAAUUAAACCUAAAUUAUUUAUAUAUUUAAAACAAAGAAAUGGUAUUCCCAAAGUAAACCAAUACAUUAGUGUAAUAUUUGAUAAUUCACCAUAAGCGGGUAUUUAAGUAUUAUAAAUAGACAUUUAAGAAACAUUUUCAGGUACAAGUCUUCAGCUUUCUUGUUUCCAAAAAAAAACUGUUCUCUAUUUGGUUAAGACUAAAAAAAUCAAAUUUUAAAGCACCUGGCGGUUUAUUACCUUUCGACAAAAACGUAAUAUUAAAAAAUAAGGACCUUGAACAUUGUCAGAGACCUUGAUCAAUGUCUACAAAUAAUAAAGUGAUAUACGAGUAUACCAGUGACGAGUGACAUUAGAAAAAGAUAAAGCAUUUUGCAGUUACAAAAACAAGAUGUAAAAACAUGUAUAACUUUAUUUGUUCCAGUUAAAAGUAUAUUUUUUUACUGAAAGUUUUAACGGUUUUAGUACAAAAAAUAAGGAUAGGGAAUCAGACCUUAACAUAUAAAAAAGUCUUAAACGGCUGCUAGAUGAUAAGUCUGACAUAUUAGAGAUAAGAUAUUAAUAAAUUGUCAACACAUCAAAUUAUUUAUUUUAAAAGC